CACCAUGGCAGCUAUCCUGCAUAAGAUGAAGGAAAAAGUAUGUUUAGGAUCAUCUGAUGAUAGUGAGACUGCUAAAGGAAAAAGCAAAAUAACACACGGCUAUCAUUUGGUGAAGGGAAAAUCAAAUCACCCAAUGGAGGAUUAUUUUGUAGCUGAAUUCAAGCAAGUUGAAGAUAAUGAACUCGGUUUAUUCGCCAUUUAUGAUGGUCAUAUGAGUCAACAAGUUCCUAACUAUCUUCGAUCUCAUCUUUUUCAAAACAUUCUCAACGAGCCUAAUUUCUGGACCGAACCAGAGAUAUCAAUGAAAAGAGCUUAUCGUAUUACCGACAAUACAAUCCUAGAUAAAGCUUCGGAAUUGGGUAAAGGUGGAUCAACAGCUGUAACAGCUAUAUUAAUCAACGGUCGCAAGCUUUUAGUCGCCAAUGUCGGAGAUUCUCGAGCUGUCCUCUGCAAAAAUGGUGUCGCCAAACAAUUGUCUGUGGAUCAUGAACCCAUCAAGGAAAAAGAAGACAUUCAAAACAGGGGUGGAUUUGUUUUAACUUAUCCAGGUGAUGUUCCUCGUGUCGAUGGAAAACUGGCUGUGGCGAGGGCGUUUGGAGAUAAGACAUUAAAGGAACAUUUAAGCUCUGAACCUGACAUAGCCGUUGAGAUUAUAGAUGAUGAAGCUGAGUUCAUCAUUCUUGCUAGUGAUGGAAUCUGGAAGGUAAUGACGAAUCAAGAGGCGGUUGAUUGUAUAAAGGAGAUGAAAGAUGCAAAAACAGGGGCGAAACAGUUGACUCAAGAAGCUCUUAAUAGGAUGAGCAGAGAUGAUAUUUCUUGUAUAAUUGUCAAGUUCUAAAUAUGAUAAGAUGGUUUUAAUGACAGAAGAGAGUAAGCAUAUGAGAAUAAUAAUAAUAAAGUAUGGAUUUUUAUAAUCCCCUGUUGUGUAUA